GUGACGACAGCAACGCGGAAGUGUUUUGGGAACGUUGCAUGAAGCCGUCGAAGUGAACUGAAGUGGGUCGCGAUGGGCAACAACGAAGAAGUUCGAUACUGCAAUAGAUUCUCCUAUUUCGUCCUGAAAUUAAUCCUCUUCUCAUACGCCAUCGUGUGGUGGUUAAUAGGAGGCUGCAUCCUGGCGAUUGGCAUCUAUGCAGAGGUGGAGAGACAACGCUACAAGACGCUGGAGGGGAUUUUCUUGGCUCCCGCCAUCCUCCUGAUCUGCCUUGGCAUCGUUCUGUUUGUCGUUUCAUUCAUCGGAGUGUUGGGAUCGCUGAGGGACAACAUCACGCUGCUGAAAGUGUUCAUGUACACGCUGGCUAUCUGUUUGAUUCUGGAGCUGCUUGGAGGGGUCUUCGCUCUGGCUUUCCGGAACCAAACUUUGGAGUUGAUAAACAAGAACAUUCGACGAGGGAUAAAGAAUUAUUACGAUGACUUGGACUUCAAAAACAUCAUGGACUAUGUGCAGGAGAAGUUUAAGUGCUGUGGUGGCCAGGAGUACAAAGACUGGGGAGUCAACAUGUAUCACAACUGCUCUUCACGUGGCCCGCUGGCGUGUGGCGUCCCCUACACCUGCUGUGUCACCAAGCUCCACGAAGUGGCAAACACACUAUGUGGAUACAAAGUUUUGGAAAAAGAGCGUUAUGACCUCAACAAUGUGAUACACAUCAGAGGCUGCACCGACGCCUUUGUCAUCUGGCUGACCGACAACUACAAGAUCAUGGCUGGCAUCUUGUUAGGCAUACUACUGCCUCAGUUCUUCGGGCUGCUGGUCAGCUGGUUGUACAUCACCCGUGUGGAAGACGCCAUCAGUGAGUGGGGCAACUACACCGACGGGCUUUUGGACGCCCAGCAGCAGAGUCGGCCGCCAAUCCAUCGAGGUCGCGUGUCCAAGUGGCUCAAGUGCAUGCCAGACAAGUGCUGAUCCGCCGUUCACCUCUCUUUACCUCUGUCUCUUCCUGUUGACAUCAAUUCUACUGUGUGAAAUAGUUGCAGAAGCAAACCUUCCACCUGAGCAGCAGUUUACUGGCGCUCCAGCGUGCUGCUGGCUCAGGGAGGACCUUCUGAAGACCGCUGUCCCGUCAUCUCUUAUGUUCCUAGCCUUCACUGGGGCUCUGAACUUGUUUGUUUUUUGAACUGUAAUGACUUUUCCUCCAAGAAUUUUGACACCAAGUUUGAGAUAUUUUUGAGAAACUGAAUGGAUCUGACACCAUUUUAAGUGUUAAGCUGAAAAUGUGCAUCAGUGCGCUUUCCAAGUGUUAACUGGAAUGGAGGGAAUCACUCUGGGAAUUUCUUUUUGGUUCCUGUUCAAUGUUUAGUUUUGUCUUUUGGAGCAGGUCACUUGCAUGUCCAUGGUGCCUGACUCGUGUUUGAAAUGACUCUUCUACAUGAACAGUUGGAUAUGAGAAGUGAAAAGAACCGCUGAAUGUCCGACGUCGCAGCCUGCCACACUUCACUCCCCGUCUGCUGUGAGAGAACCCAAAUGCGGCUUUGCUGCCUUGUCAAGUUUUUAGUCCUCAAUAUUGGUUCCAUAUUAUCGGUUGCUUGCUACUUUGUAAUUCAGUGUUUUUGCUUCAUGAGAUGUUUAGAAUGUUCAGUGCAGUAUUGACAGAAUCCAAAUAAACAUGUUAUGAAGUGCUAAAACAGAGGUGGGCGAAGCAACUUAUACCAUAGCGAAGCAACGUGCCAUGUGCUACGUUAAGCUUUUUAUUUAUUACUUCAGAUUCUAAAUAGAAUGAAUAUGUAUGUUAUAGUUUGCUUUUUUUUUUUUUCUUUUUUCAGUUCAAUGGCUGUUUUUGUCCCCAUACACACACACACACAC